AGGGCGGGGCAGGGCAGGGCAGGGCAGAGAGGAGGGAGCCGUCUGGAGCCGGAGCUAGAGCCAGAGCCUUCGGGGAGCCGCGAUGGGGUCCCACAGGCCUCCGAGCCGUGUGUGGAGUUCCGGCCUCCGGGGUGGGGUGGGUGCUGACGGCGAGGACGACGGGCCCGUGUGGAUGCCCAGCCCGACCAGUCGCAACUACCUGCUCAGCUUGAGGCCGGAGAUCAGCUUAUCAAGCAACCGGUUCUCUCACCCCAGCUCUGGAAGGAGCACCUUCUGCUCCAUCAUUGCCCAGCUGACCGAGGAGACGCAGCCCCUGUUUGAGACCACCCUCAAGUCCAGGGCUGUGUCUGCAGACUGUGAUGCCAGGUUCACUUGCAUUGUCACAGGAUACCCAGAGCCUGAGGUGACGUGGUACAAGGAUGACGAAGAGCUGGACCGCUACUGUGGCCUGCCAAAAUAUGAGAUUUCUCAUCAGGGGAAUCGGCACACCCUACAGCUGUACAAGUGCCAAGAAGAAGAUGCUGCUAUCUACCAGGCAUCUGCUCAAAAUGCCAAGGGCAUUGUGUCCUGCUCAGGAGUCUUGGAAGUGGGGACCAUGACUGAGUACAAGAUUCACCAGCGAUGGUUUGCAAAACUGAAGAGGAAGGCUGAGGCAAAGAUGCGGGAGAUUGAGCAGAGCCGAAAGUAUGGGAAGGAGAUGGUAUCGGAGGCUGACACAGUACGUAAACUCAGUCCAGAUCGAUUUCAGAGGAAACGCCGGCUGAGUGGGGCAAGGGAGCAAGAUCUGUCAGCUUCUUGCAAAGACCCUGAGGAUGGAGCCCUGGAGCCCGAGCUUGAAGGAGAGACUAGUGAGCCACCCUGGAGCCCAGCCAUUGGCCUGGCCAAUAGCUUUACAGGGGGUGAGGUCACCACUAAUGGGGAUGCCACCUUGGAGAGCGGUGAGGAGAGUGGAGAUGGUGUUCUCUCUUACCUCUGUGAGGCUGUGGAGCUCAUCUCCCAGAGACCACCCACCAAGGAGUCUGUGGCCAAGAAGAAGAAGAAAGAAGAGGGGCCAAGCCACAAGGGGAAGAGGACAAGCGAACAAAAACCUGAAGGAGCAAGAACACCUGAAAAUCACAUCCCCACCACUGCAGAAUACGACUCCAGCAGGACACGUGGCCACAUGGUGGCGGAGAAUAUCCCACUGGCUCAAAGAGAGAGUUCUCUAAAGACCUUGAAGCUGGACAGGGCAGAUAGGACCCUGGAAUCAACCUCUCCUGUGGCACAGGAGGCUAGAAGCUCAAACAAGAUUGGGGUCAAGACUGGCAAGGACCUAAGAGCUCCUACCCCGGAUGGCAAUGCUUAUUUCUCCUUAAAGGACAUGUACCUGGAGAACACUCAGUCUACUGCCACUGAGGAAAGACUCCAGACCCCCAGUGGAAGUCCCCAAAGUGGUAUCUCUUUGGGGGCCUUACCAGGGAGAGAGACAGGAAGAGAGAAGUUGACUCCUGGCCAGCCAGUGUCCCCGUCUGCCCAACAGCCUCCCAGGGUGUUUAAUAGGAAAAGAUUUGCCCCUCCUAAACCAAAAUGUGACCCCAGCAGUGAUUCCCAGCCUUGUGCCUCUGUGGGUACCCCCUCAGGCAUUUUGGGUCCUUCUCCCCAGCAAGGGGCCCAACCCUUGGGAAUUUCCCCUGAGCCAGCAGCCACUGUCCCAACUCCCCCUGCCCGGCGGAAGCACAAGACCCGGGAGAGCCCUGCCCAGAAGCCGAUAGCCCACAGGACCCCUUGUGAGGCCCUGGAAACCCGGGUGGCCCAAGCUCCUACAACAUCUGCUGACAGCAGCUCUGCUGCAGAGUGUCUCAGCCACAACCUUGAGGGAGAACAGGAGAGCAGUGAGCCCAUGGAUGUGGAGACAGAGGAAGAGGAGAGGUUGAAGAGGGAUAGAAGGAUGCCGUUGGACGUUAGCGCCCAGAUGAAGAGCGUGCAGGAAGAUGUGAGGACACAGGAGGACUUGAGGGCACGUGUUGAUUUGAGGACACAGGCAGAUGUGAAUCAACAGGUGGUUGGAAGAACCCAUGUGGAUAGCACGCAGAGAGAUGAGAGGACACAGGUGGUCACAGUAACACGGUCAGAGCGGGAGAGUAGCCAUGAUCUGAGGCCUACAGCCCCUAGGUUCAAGACUACAGCGGCUCCUCAGAGACCUAGCCACUUCAAGAGGCUGUCCAUGGAAUCCUCCCAUCCUUCACAGGUCAGGUCUGAAGAGGCACAGAUUCCAGGCCUUGGGAACAUGCAGAGCCUCCCAGGCCCUCUUGGGCUAGAAGCUGGUGUGAGGCCAGUGGCUAGGCAGGUAAGCAGAGGACUAGGGGUACCAGGCCCUACUGAAGUUGACAAAGUUGCUCGACAGUCCCAGGAGGAGUUGCCUUGGCCCACUGAGGAGCCAAUAAGCGAGGCCUCUAUUGAAGGGUCUGACCCUGUAGUAGAGGUGACCUUGGGCCUUGCCUCAGACUCCUAUCCAACUUCUCCUAUAAGCACCAAGGCCCCCACUAUUCCUAGCCUGAAGGCAGUCUGCCUCCCAAACAACACUCAGAAAGAGCAAGUUGAAGGAGAGCCUACCAAUGUGGCUGAGAUGCCCUGUCCAGAAGCAGCCCGGACCUUGGGGUAUUCUGAUCCAAAGCCCCAGCCUCACUGUGAAGCCUUGGAAACAGUGGGGAUGCCCAGCCAGGGUCAUCGUGCAGAGACUGAGGCUGCAAUGAAUAGAGGGAAUGCUCUUGGUGCUUGUGGGGAGUCUGAACCUGAGGUUCCAGGAGCUGGGCCUAGGGCCCCCAGCCCUGUAGCCCCUGACAGUGGCCUCAUUGAUUCCUUGAAGAAUUAUUUACUCCUGCUCCUGAAGCUCUCUGGUGCAGACACAGAUCAGAGUGAAACUGAAGCCAAAGGGAGGCCAGAGGGCCAGCAGCCCCCUGCAGGGGGACCUGGUCCCCCAGACACUCUGGCACCGACAGUGGAGAUCGCUGGCUUGAGCCCCCGGACAUCUCGGAAGAUUCUAGAGCGAGUGGAGAACAACCACCUCAUUCAGAGUGCACGGAGCUUGCAACUGAGCCCCUGUACCUCCCGCCGGCUCACUGGCCUCAUUGACCAGGAGGUGCAGUCUGGCCACAAGGCCCUGGCAGCAGGGAAGCCCCUGGGAAGAUACCCCAGUCCACUGACUGUCCCUACCAUUGUGGUGGGGGAGGAGACCCAGGUGCAAGGCCCAGAGACAAGUAACAAGGGGGUUGCUGAGGAAAUCAGGGGGCAGAAGGAAAGCAGAAUGGGGGAGUCCCUUUGGAUCAGUGGGGAUCAAGGGUCCAUCAGGAUGGGGGAGCCUCUUGGGGAGAGCAAGAGGGAAGAGCCCUUCCGAGAAGCAGAGCUCUCAGGAGAUAAUGGGGGGAGUCUCCCAGGUGCAACCCCAGAGGAGCUAGCCUUGGGAGCUCGGAGAAAGAGAUUUCUCCCCAAGGCCAAAGUGGCUGGGGAGGGGGAGGCACCUGCUCCUGAAGAUAGGGAAAGCCCUACAGUUUCUCCCCGUGGGUCCAGGAAGAGCCUGGCACCUGGAUCCCCACUGAUUCCCCCAAAGGAGAGACAUUCCCCUUCUCAGAACAGAAAGCUGCUCGAGGUGCCUCGUCCAGAUGAGGACUCUGCAGACCUGGGCUCUGGGCCCAAGGGCAGUGGGCCAGACACAGAGCUGGCCCCUGAAGACGGCAAACAGGAUGAGACAGCCAAGCCCAGAAAAACCAAAGACCAUUUCAAGGCUCCCCAGGUCAUCCGGAAGAUCCGGGUGGAACAAUUUCCUGAUGCUUCUGGAAGCCUGAAGCUGUGGUGUCAAUUCUUCAACAUCCUCAGUGACUCGGUAUUGACUUGGGCCAAGGACCAGCUCCCUGUGGCUGAGGUAGAGAGGAGUGCGGGAGAUGAGGGACCAGCGGCCUUAGCAAUUGUACAGGCUUCACCUCGGGACUGUGGUGUCUACCAGUGUACCAUCCAAAAUGAGCACGGCACCGACUCAACUAACUUUUGUCUUAGCCCUGAGGUGUUGUCAGGAUUCAUCUCCAGAGAAGAAGUUGAAGUUGGAGAAGAGAUUGAGAUGACGCCCAUGGUGUUUGCCAAGGGCCUUGCUGACUCAGGCUGCUGGGGGGACAAACUUUUUGGCCGACUGGUGAGUGGGGAGCUUCAUGGAAGUGGGCGUGGACGUGGUCUUCGCAAGGCCUCCCAAGCCAAAGUCAUCUAUGGACUGGAGCCCAUCUUUGAGUCAGGCCGAACUUGCGUCAUCAAGGUCCCCAACCUACUUGUGUUUGGGUCCAGCAGUGAGAAUUCUCUACUGGGGAGGAAUUAUGAUGUCACCAUCCAGGGAUGUAAGAUCCAAAACAUGAGCCGAGAAUACUGUAAGAUCUUUGCGGCUGAGGCCCGAGCUGUCCCUGGUUUUGGGGAGGUGCCUGAGAUCAUCCCGCUGUACUUGAUCUACCGGCCAGCAAACAGCAUCCCAUAUGCCACUCUGGAGGAGUACCUGGGGAGGCCUUUGAAGCCUUACUGUGCUCGCGAUUGGGAGAGCGGCGGCACCCAGGCAGCCCCUGCCGCCUCUGAGGCUGCCCAGAAGUGUCGAACCUUCCAGCACUGGUUGUAUCAGUGGACAAACGGCAGCUUUCUGGUCACAGACCUUGCAGGUGUUGAUUGGAAGAUGACAGAUGUGCAGAUUGCCACCAAACUUAAAGGGUACCAAGGUCUCAAGGAAAGCUGUUUUCCAGGCCUCCUUGAGCAGUUUGCUGUUUCACAUCAAUGCAACACCCACUGUGAGAUGCUGGGGCUGAAGUCUCUCAAGAGCCUUGAGACUCUUUACCCCGUGGCCAAGGCCAAGGGCUCCAAGAGCCCCUCCUCGGGCAGGAAAGCCCCAUCAGCCACUCAGCUGAGUCCCCAGCUUCAGAAGAAAGGUCAUCUCAGCCCACAGGGAUCCCGGAAAAGCACCUCAAGCUUGAAGGCCGUCCCUAGGUCCCCUGAGACUGCUGAUGCACAGCUGAAUAGCCAACCUGCUGCCCAGGAAAGGGGCUCGAAGGCUCAGGGCAUGUGAUAUCACGACUGGAGGCUAGAGGGCCUCCACCCAAAUUAAAGACCAACCAGCAAACAGUUCAAACCAGGCAGUAAAUAUCCUAAGACGGAAGGGGAAAGAAUGGGUGUGUGGAGCCCCUUGUUGCAGGAGUGCCCUCUCCCAUAUGUAAGAGGCCUCUUCAUUGUCCUCCAGCCUCAGAGCAACAAGAUCCACAGUGUAGGAAGCUGUGCCAGGGUCUCAUUGGGGUACCUGGGACCUCAAGGAAGAAUGCGGGGAUCAGUUGGCAUGGUUUGUGCCAAUCUCUGUUUCAUUCAUUUGAGGCCUCAGUGUGUGCCUGAGUAUGGAGUCCCAUAGCCUCUCUCCAGGCUUGGUGGACAGAAAGGGAGACAGGUCAAACCCUCGUCAUGGUACAAUGCUUGGGGCUUAUGUGCUCUGAGAGCACCACAGUGCUGGGUGUCAGGGGCCUCUUACGUGGUGCCCUUCACAACGUUUACAGUUGCCCUCGGCUCGAGGAGUGCUCUGCAUCCCUAGGCCAGAUGCUCACACUGCCCUCAUCAUAGCCAGAUUCUGAAGUGUGUGUUGUUUCUCUGACUGCUCUGGGCGGAGGCCUUCCUGUUUCAACAUUGCUUGGCACUGAAUCCUUGACAUUAACCAAAGCUACUUGACCCUGUUUGUGGGGUCCUGUUUGCUGGCAACCACCAACCCCAGGGUCUGUUCAACUCCUAGACACUUUGCCUCCUGUGGCCUAGCUCCACUUUCAACUAACCUGCCUCAGUGCUCAGUGGAGAAGAAGCAUGACCCUACCCAGUUUCUCCCUUAGCAUCCCAUCUGUUUGUCUUGUGAGUAAUAACAGUGAAGGGCAUUCACUUUCGCUUUCCCCAUUUCCCUCUUUAUUGCUGAUUCCUUUUCUCCCUAAGGGCUUUUGCUUCCUCUUCCCUGGGCUGUGUCAGCACUGGCUGUUCUUUGCUGAGAUGUGGAGUCCAGACUCUGCCCUGGAACAAGGGAAAUUGCCGCCUCUGCUUGCAUCUCACAUCUUGUUCCCUUUCCUUUCUCAGGUUUGAUCUGGGCUACUAAUGCCAUGGGGCCCCACCCAGUGGGAUUGAGAGUGGGCAUCAGCAGCUAUGGCACAUGGGCUGGUGCUUAGUGGAAGAGGCCUGGGGGCCCACUUUGAGGCAGAGAGUUUGGAGCCCCUGUGAUUCUUAGAUGUGACUGCAUAGUCAGUGCCUGAGGGUUGGGUUUAAAUAAUUUUCUGCUCAGGGUAGAAUGUGUGUUGGGUGAGGUGGGUAAGCAGGGGGGGAGGAAGGAACCAGUCCAGCUCUGGGGUUCUAGAUCUCUAUAUCUAGGCUCUCAGACUGAGACCUGGGAUCCUGGGGGACAGGUAGUAGCCCCCUGAUCCAUUUCUUUGAUUCUGGAUUUCUCUUUAUGGGCUCCAAAAAGAAACUGUAGCCCUAGGCUGAGGAGCUCAGCUGGAGUACAGCAACUCCGUCCUGAGUAUCUCUUGUUCUGGUCCAUGCUGGGAUGGGUACACCUUACAUGGUGACAGGGGCUUGCGUGCUCCACUUUGAAGGCAAUAAAGGCAAUGAGUGCUUGUCCA